AUGGCACCUCCUCGUCAACGGAUCGUAACAAACCCUGAUGAUUCGAGGUCGGAAGCCUCUAGCGGCACGAGAGAACGGCAUCCAACAGGCACAAAGGGUCGGCGACCAGCCAACACCGCCGUUCCUGGCAGUUCAGUGUCAUCCAGAGAUAUGAAAGUCGCAGCUGCUAUCACUGCAACCAGCGGCCAAAAUGCGGGAACUGGUAGCCUGGCAGAAUCCACUGGAGUAAAUUGGUCAAGCAUGCCGCUAUCAGUUCUUCACCAGUACCGGCACGCCUACAACCUCCCCUGCCCCAGCGCAUACUCCUCUCAAAUAUCCUCAAUAAUCCUGAACCAAGGAGUUGGGUCUCCGAUCUCCGACAGCCAUAGCUGCUCGACGAGCGCAGCUUGGCCUCUCAGUGAAAAAAAGCCGAACACGGGAAACAGUUUUCCGGUCUUCCAAAAGGGAUGA